CUCCUCCUCCUCCUCCUCUUCUUCCUCUUCCUCUUCCUCUUCCUCCCUUUCCUCAUCGCCCUCCUCCUCUUUAUCAGCCUCUCUGCCCUCGUCCUCGUUGCUACCGAGACGUCGGUCAGAUUGGUCGUCUGUAAGCGCCGCGCCCGACUCAGGCCGGUGCAGCGUUCGAGCCCCACGUGGUGGCUCACUUCGAGCCCCGGCCAAGCCGCUCUUGGUCUUCACUGCCGUCUCCGAGGGCCGAACCGACGCGAGAGCCUCACUCCCGGUCACCGCGAGCCGACCCGUCGGCUCGUAUCGCGUCGAGGUAGGCGGGUCUCGAGGCCGCGGCCCAGCCGGCCCGUCCGCCUUGCGAGGCGGCUGUCUCAAUCGCACCUUGACGACCGCCUGCGACGUCGCCCUUGGCAGCUACCCACACUGGCCCGCAUGCAGACCGAGUGCCACGUCGCAGACGACUGCGUCUGAGCCCAGUCCCGGCGGUACCAACCGAACGCACCGUCUCGGCUUCUACCCCGCACGAACAGCCGCUGGCCGAGUCCCGUCCGGUUGCCCGGCACAGUCACCGGCCCGCGGAAGAGAGGCUUGCAGACUUCUCGCGGCCAGAUCGCAGAUUCCGCUCAGCCUCAGCGAAGCGCGGCUACGGCCGCGAAGGGUGGGCGAGAAAGACGUGCUCAUUGAAGCGUGUCGAAGCGCCGCUGACGCGGUCGAGUGCGUCGGCUGCCUCGAGGCGACCGGAGUCGAACCGGCCCGUUUCCGCCGGCCGACAAGGACAGAGUGCAAGGCCGGACCGACGCGGUACCGGUCGCCAACCGGCAGGUCUCGCGAGGUCUCUCCGUUCUCGCAGACGACCGCCUGCUCGAGUCCGCUCACCUUCGCCUCGGACGAGCCCGACGAGUCGUCGGAGCCGCGACGCGGCUCGCCUCGAGGCCCGCCGCCAAGUGGCGCUGCACGGCCCACCAGGACCGUCCACCACAUCAGCCCGUCACCCUUCAAGAACCUCUGGCAACAGCUCGAGGCCGGUCUGUUGGCGUCACGGUUGAGUGGACACACGACCCCCUUCUCCUCCACCGACCAGUUGCCUAGUCCGUCGGCAGACGAGCCGAUCGUCGCGCCGGGCUUGCGUCGCUCCGGCUCUUUGCGUCCGAACGUGGCCUCGAACCGGUCGGCCGGUGCCACGGCCACCGACUUCUCCACCGCCUCCUGCCUCACCAGCAGCUCGGGCGAGAGUUGGCUCGCUACCGGCCGAGUCCUGCGGCCCGCCGGCGUCAAGCCGAGUCCUAGCACCGUCGGUCGUCAGCCCGACGCCAUCGCCUCGGCAACCGCAUCGGCCUCGGUCGACACAGAGCCCGGAUCUGCCGACCCCAUGGCCUACAACUGCCCCCUCCACGGUCCACUGCCCACCAUCCUUCACAUGCCGCAUCGGCACCUCUGCUCAGCCCCGCUGCACGCCAACGGCUCCUCCACCGUCUGCCCCUUUGAUCGGUCGCACAUGUUCGUCUGUCGGCCUGAGAUGGGACUCGAACCCGUGCCCGCCAACGCCAGUUGGCCCAGCCAAGUGAGGCGUGACGGCCGCCAGUCGACACAGAACCGGAUCCGUGAAGAGAUCAACCGGCCAGCCUCGCCUCUUCACCAAGACAACCAGCAGAUGAGUCCCGGUCUCUCGCAUCCUCACGAUUACGCCACAACGGCUCGACACCUCGGCCAGUUCAACCAACAGCCGCUCUGUCGUCACCACCCGACGCAACCGCAACCGCAGCAACAUCAGCAUCAGCAUCAGCAUCAGCAUCAGCACCCCCACCAUCACCACCAUCAGAUGCAGCAUUCGCACGGACACACCCAGCAGAUGUACCGGUCGCCAGGAUCUCCGCCGCUCGACGAGGCCGGCAUGUCGAGGAGCUCUGGCAGCCUGCACUUUCCGGGACCCGGCCAGCCCGGUCGGACAGGCCGACCUGGUCCGACCGGCUGCAUGGCUCAGUCGACUGUUCACUUGCCGACGGCGGUCAACGCGACCGGACACUUCAAUCGAGCCGCCUGCGUCGGCCCGACAAGAGAGACUCGACACGCCGGCCUCGUGACGAAACCGGCGGCGGCGCAGAUCGGCUUCGUCCGAGAGAUGCAGCAUCUUGACGCGAGCUCAAGUUCAGCUCCAAUC